AUGGAUUACGUUAACUAUAAACGUUUCAUUAGAAAUGCUUUAAGAAACAAAACUUACUUACCGACAUACAGUGGUUUUGGUGCAGGAGCGGUACUUAUGUUAAUCUACAUGACUAAUUGGGAAACUGUUGGACGUCGUAUACCUAUUUGGAAAUAUCACUUCGAACCAAUAUCUAUCGAGAAUAAUAAUCCCACGAAUGCUACGUCGACGUAA